AGUCGAAAUGAGCCUAUCUACUAUGAACACCGCUUUCAAAUAUUUCCUUUUUGAGGCGCGGAAACAGGACGGCACCCGGUACACGGCGGACACUGUACAUGGACUGUUUACCGCUCUUCACAGUGGCUUGAGGCUUAAAGGGCGAAAGGACAUUAAUUUGUUCGAGGAUCAACAGUUUGAAGAGAGCAGAACAUGUCUGGACGCUUUAAUGAAGGAACUUUCUAAAAAAGGACUGGGCAGCUCUGCCAGGAAGAAAACUGAAACUAUAUCAAUGGACGACGAAGAGCGCUUGUGGAGUAGCGGUUCAUUAGGCGAAGACGACCCUCAGCAACUUGUGGAUGCGGUUCUUUAUCUUACCGGUUUGCAUUUAGCACUGCGAGGAGGAAGAGAGCAUAGAGCGCUGAGGCUGUUCUCGAACCCCCAAAUAACAGGUCCCCACACUGACGAUAAUGGCAGAAAGUAUCUACUCUACACGGAAGACGCGUCAAAGACUAAUCACGGCGGCCUGAAGCACAGGAAGCUGGUACCGAAACAAGUCCGAGCGUAUGAGAACACAGACAGCCCUAAAAGAUGUUUUGUGCGUCUCUUUGAAAAGUACAGGUCUUUGUGUGAAUUAUGCAUCCUGUUACCAGAUAUCACUUCAGUGUGGCAGACAGAAGAUGUAGAACCGUGUACGAGAGGAAGAACUUGUAUCACAAUCAAGUGAAAGCUUUCACAGAAACUGUCGCGCUCGUGAAACCUUCCCGAGAUACACAGACUAAACCACGUAUUACCACUUCCUGGUGACCAUUCCCUGAGCGAGCAACGACAGAAGUUCGAAACCAUUUUGGAUUCCUUCUAUCAUAAAGCAUUGAUGGAGGGUAUCAGGGAAGAAAUCGGGGAAGCACCCAAGUGUCCUGGGUGUGAAACGGGUCACCCAUCACAAAGACAACACACUUGCCUAAAACCCCGAAGUGAAACGAGCGAGGUAGCAUGGUAUUUCGGCGACGUGUUGGGAA